AUGAAAACAGUGGAGGAACAGAGUGGGCUGCAGCGCCCACCCCUACGGAGGGGCCAAUCAAUAACAAACCUUGACGAGCUUGUGAAGAAGCUUACACAGGAGCCCAUUCCCCUCCUGACGGACUCAGAGGACAACAAUGACCUUAAAGCAGCUAUUGCGAAACUCAGCAGUGGCAGCAUUUUGCACACUGAAAAGCGUGCCAUCGAGCGCCUGCUGGCCCAGCGCUACGAGGAUGCGCUUGCUAUUGCCGCAGCCGCCACCUCGGAACAAGGCGGUGCAGAAGCGCUGGGGGGAGCCUCCGAGGUGCUUCGACAGGUGCUGGUCGUCUUCCGCCAGAACAACCUGCCCACAGAGCUGGACCGCAGCGGCUUGGGGGAGCCGGCGGAGUGGCGGGUGCGCACCCAUGAGCAGCGGCGUAGGGUGUUCCUAGUUGUGCGGUCCAUGGUGCGAUUGAAGCGGGAGGUCAAGCGGCUGAGCGCGCCCAUCACAGACCUUGGCUGGCUGGUGCCGGUGGCGGCUCAGGAGCGGUGGGGAGAGCUCAAGGCGUUGGCAGCUAGGUACCGGCAGCUGGAGGGGGAGCUACUGGACACCGAGGUUGCUGUCUCUCAGCUGGCGCAGCUGCGAGACGGAAACGGAAAGGCGCCGGCAUCUUCGCGGAACACUGCAGGGGGCCGAGCUUCCCCGCAACGGGCCCUGCGCAGCGGGCCAGGCCGCAGCGGCGGGCAGGGAACAGGGGGCCGCGCGGUCAGCGAGUCGGGGGCCAUGAACCUGCGAUCCAAGCCGCGUACCGCACUCACGGCGGACCCACCCCCUCCACCGAUAGCGGGCGUGCGUGGCGGCCGCCGCCACGGCUCCGUCCCAGAGUCCACCAGCGGCGGCGCUGGCGCCGGCAGUCAAGCCAGCACGCCCCUUCUGCUACCGUUGACUUCACCUGGGAGCAACAGCGGGAUGGCCGCGUUGCGCACACCACUGAACGGCAAGAAGGGCGGCGCUGGGGGGUCCGACGGUGUGGUCAUCAGCAGCGGAGGCGGCGCCGUGGGCCCUUCGGCAGCCACGUCGGCGCUGGUGCCCACGAUUUCGGCGCAGCGGUCCGGCUCCAACUCAGCUCUAAGCGGCCUGUACAGUACACGUCUGUCGAUCAGCGGCGGCAGCACCACUGCGGGUGGUGUGGGCGCGGCCGGCGGUAUCCUGUCGGGGACGGUAUCACUGCCGCCGCCCAAUGGUGUCGGGUCCGCCGCGCAUGCCAGGGUGUCCGCACCUGGGACGGGGCUGGGGCCUGCUCCACCUUCGUCAGCGGCGGCGGUGGUGCCGACCGUUUCACCCAGGUUCUCGCAGCGGGAUCCAACACUGUCGCGGUCCGUGGCGACCCUGGGCUGCACGCAGAUGGCUCGGCAACCAUUCCUCACCGGCGACGGCGGCCCCGUUCCCAGCGCCCUGCCUCGCGUGGCGCAAAUCUUGGACCUGACCACGUACAACCCCAAUGCACCACACAACAUUUCGGUCCCCUUGGAACCCGAGCGCCGCCCCUCCUCUGUCAACACCUCAACCAGCGCCCCAGUCAGCAUGUUGUUAUGCAAUGAGCAGCAGACGCCCCUGGCUAGCCCCACGACACCAACCGUGCCACGCAAGCCCGAUACUGUGCCAAACGGCACCGGCAGUGCAGUCCAACGCAGUAACGGUGCCGGCGCCGGUGCCGGAGGCGGACGGCCCGUGGAGCCCUCGCCACCGUCCGCGCCCCCACCCAUCGCCGGCGCGCGCCGGCCGCUGGGCCCUCUCUCGCACAGCUCCCCUGCACCCCUGACGAUGGGGGCUGCGGCCGGUGCAGCGUUGGCCGUAGUGCGGUCUAUGGGUGUAACAGGCCAUGGCGAUGCAGCUGGUGCGGCCCCGGCAGCAGCGCCGGUUGGGGGUGCGGUCGCAGCUCCUCCAAGCGCUGCUGGACCGCCGGUGCUGAUCCAGGACGGUGAGUCCUUGGAGCAGGCGCUGGGGAGGUUCAAGCUGUUGGCGGAAGACACCCGCAAUGCGCUGGUGGACACGGCGAGGCAGUUCCGGAAUGUGGUGGACCUGUGCAACAGCGCCUGGCCAGAUCAACGCUGGUGGCUGGCGGCCCACACGCAGGAUGACGCGGCGCUGGACACCUGGCCGACCUCCGAUGAGUACGUGGUGCACCGUGCGGACAUGGUGCGCUGCCUCAAGGCGGGUGCGGUGGCUUUCCAGUUCAUGUGCUACUCCGACGAGCCGCUGGUGGGACCCACCGGCAACCGCUUCGACCUGUGGACCAGCGACCCCUGGGAGGUGGCCGCGGACCUCCUGGGAUCGGACAGGCUGGGUGAGGCACAGGGUUCGCCGCAGCGGCCGUCCGGCGAGCGCAUGGUGGGGCUGCCGCUGGGUGUGCGGGUGCUGCAGCAGCUGGCCAACAGUGUGGCGGAGGCGGCGAGUCCUCAGGCGCUGGACUUGCUGCCCAUCAUCCUGCACAUCAGCGAGCGCCAGCGGGAGGUCAUCGCGGCGGACCUCCUCCAGUACGACAUCUACAGGCGCCUCCGUAAGAACCUGUACAUCGUGGUGCAGCGGACCCAUCCCGUCAUGCGCUACAGCGCCGCGGACCACGCCUACCUGCCGGCGUCCGACCAGCCCGAACACACACCUGGGACCGGAUACUCCAUGCUGCAGCUGCUGUGGCCGGGACAUGCCUUGUACGUGAACGAGUCCGGCGAACUCGAGCGCCUGCCACACAGCAUCAUGCAGGAGCUCCGAGACCGCUCCACCGAGUGGUUUGUGAGCCGAAGCGGCCAGGACUUGUCGUUGCUGUUGGAAGACGGGCCGUUGGACAUGCGGAGCCUGGCGCACAUUUCCUACAUGGUAAAAGGGGAGAGGCGGGGAACGAUGCCCAUUUGCGGUCACCAGGACUGCAACUGCAUCUCUCUGAGUGUCCCGUCUUUGAGCUCGGUUCCUUGCACACCUGAUCCUGGCUUGGACCUUGGCGGGUCCGUGCCGCUGUCAACCGCUGUGAUGUCAGGCUUUGCCAGUCGUGGUCGAGUAGCUCACGUUCCGGGCAAUCCUUUCCGCAUGCAUGACAGCCCCUCUCACCGGGCGGGCAACCAGGGCUACGGGCGGUGGAACACGGCCCACAUGCGGUACAGCGUUGUGGUGGAGGCGGCAUCGACGUAUGUGAAGCACCGUGACAUGAUCCUCCAGCACGGCAGCGUGCUGCUGUGCCGCAAGCCCAAGGUUUCCGGCAUGGUGGUGGGCCGUCUGGACGGCGCAGUGCGGGUGGACCGCUACGGCGGGGCGACCAAGCCCCAGCUGCCCGUGGUGGAGCUGCUCGCGUGCGAACUCAACAGCGCCCACAUGCAAGAGGAGCUGACCCAGGUGGCCACAGCUCGAGCCACCGCCACGUCGGUAGGCAUCGGCAGGCAAGUGCGCGGUGGGUUGUGGAGGGAUGGCCUGGAGACGCUGUACGUCCCGACCCCGUACCUGCGCCACCGGGUGACGUUGCAGGCUGUGUACGACGAUAAUGCUCCCGGCUGGUCGGCGCUGACGGGCGGCCAGGCGAACGCCAUGUUCCCCUUCCCCACCCCCGGCGGACUUAAUGAGCAGCAGCUGUCGUUCGCUGCGUCUCAGGGCUUGGAUACACUGCUGCUGCGGCUGCACCUCUCAAUGACGGACCUCACCAUGCAUCACGCCAGCAAGGAUGGUCAGAAGCUGGUGGAGGUGCUGGUCGCCUCCGACAGGGACCUCAGCGGUGCGGCGGAGCGCCUAGCGGCCAAACUGCCGUCGUUUACGCGCCAACAAAAGCCCGGGCAGAACAUCCUGGUGUUUGUGCAGGACAACAGCGUCAGCCUCACAGCGACCAAUGUGGCAGCAGGGCUGGUACGGCGCGAGCGGGGUGAUCGCGUUCACCUGGUGACUGUGGUGCCAACGGAAGCGCAGCGCAGCGAAGGGACCGGGCUCAUGGAGCGACUGCUGAAGGCCUUCCGCACGCACGCCGAUGUUACCACCCACGUGUUGAGCCAGGACGGGCGGGGGCUGCUCGAGUGUCUUGGCGACGUAGUGACUCAGCAGCGCUGCGGCCUCAUCGUGGCUGGCAGUACCUCCAUCACCGCCGUCGCGGUAGCCGCUCCGCGCAACGUGCCGCUGGUCCUGCCUGGAGUGGCCCCGGGCAAGCAGCCCGCUACUGCGCAGGGUGCCGGUGGAACCGCCGGCCGUGGCGGCGGCGGUGUUGGGGCACAGGGAAUGCAGGAUGAUGGCUCUUCAGAGGUGUUGCUAUCCUCCGUGGCCCUGUCCAUCCUGCGAACGUUUUCGCUGCCAGUGAUCCUAGUAACCGCCAACACCAGGACCUACCUGAAGCGGCAUGGCUUGGACCCUGUGGCGGGCGGAGGUCGCCCUGCUCGGCACCCGGUUGGGGGUGUGGGUGGUGCCACUUCGGGCCGCCUUGCUGCCAUGGUGGUCGUGGAGCGUCACAGCAGGCCGAUGAUGCAUCAUCUCGCACGCUGCCUGCUUGAGCCGUCAUUGCGGCAGGACACGCUGACCCUAGUGCAGGUGCUUCCACCGGGCAUGGCUCCAGGCAAUCCAGGCUACGAUCCCAGCUCUAUUCAUUGCGUUGCACUGAAGACGCUCGUGGCGAACUUUGAAAGCAUUUCUGCAGCCAACGACUUCCACACGCCGAACAAGGUCUUCACCCAGGGCGAGUGGUACAGCGCUCUUUGCAUCGCGGCUAGGGAUUAUGGGGCUCAGCUGCUGUCCGUGCAGCUGGCGCCAGGUUCCACCAAGUCCUUGCCGCCCUUGCUGCUGCAGCUGAUCCGGUCCGCACCUUGUCCGGUGCUGGUCUACCCGGAGAAGGCUAUCGUCCCUGGGGCGUCCGAGCUGACAGAGGGAGAACACUACAUAGUUUGCACUGCAUGUACGCUAUGGGCCGCUGACUUGGGUUUGCCGGGGUUUGCUGAGCCUGUGUGA